AUGCUGACGUUAAUGCCUGCUUCGCAACGACCAAAGCAUCACCUCAUUCCUGAAAAGAUUAUACUUAAAGGAAAAACAAGAUUAGGAAGGCAAGCUGAGAUGGUUGAUGUGGUCAUUAAUUCAAAUCAUUCAUUAUUAAUUAGUCGACUUCAUGCCACAAUCACUCGAAACGAAAGUGGCUACUUCAGCAUUGAAAAUCAUGGCUUAAAUGGACUGUUGGUCAAUAGUAAAUGUAUCAAGAGUUGCAAUUUAUCUCAUGGAGACAUUAUCGUUUUUGGUGGUGCGGGAAAUGGUGCUGUGGUUGGCCAAGAAGUGCAAUCUACUCUAUCAGAAUUGGUCUAUCGAUUUUGCCAAUAUACAUUAGGCGAAGCUAGUUGUACUGUUGAUAGCCCUACUGUACAUCUUGUUGAUGAUGAUAUUGAUCAAUACGUUGGAGAACAAGCGCAAACAGUUAUGCAUUCCAAACGUAAACGCGCCAAUAGCCAGGAUUCAUCAACCUCAACAGAAAAGAAGUCACUAGAGAAAGAGAGCAGUAACUAUAACCAAGAUUCUUUGUCGGAUUUGAUUGAUUUUGUCUGUGAAAAUACCUCAUUAGAUAGCCAGAAGAAACAAGAUGAUAAUAAUAAUGAAAAACAAUCACAUAACGAGGAAAAUUUUAGUAAAAUUGGUGAAGAAUUUACUUGUAGUAUAUGCCAAUCACUUUUAGUUGCUGCCCAUUUAUUGCCUUGUUCUCACAGUUUUUGCAAAGAAUGUAUUUAUACUUGGCUAUCUAAUCAUUCUACAUGUCCAACAUGUCGAAAGCGUUCUCGUCUAUCUCAACUAGUAGCGGAAAAAGUCGUUGAUAAUGCUAUUGCAGUUAUGGCGGAAAAAUUUUUAAAUGAAGGUGAACUAGCAGAUUGGAAAUCCCGUUGGAACGACGUCUCUAAGUUUAAUUUAAAGUCUCUUUCUGGCAAAGAGAAUGCACAUAAAAGGCCAAUAGCGAGACGACAGGAAGAAUACGAAAUAAUAGGAUGUAAUUGUGCUGUAAAAUUGAACGCCUGUAUAGAAAUGAAAAACCUGUUCUUUAUAAGGAGUUUAUUGGCACUGCAUAAUUUAUCAGAGAUGACUAGUUACUUCAUAAGACGGCUUUGA